AUGCGCUCCCCAUCACCCGACCCGUACUCGGACAUCGGUACAGACUCCACCCAGCCCCAAACACAGCCACAGACGGAGAGUGUCGCGCAGGACUUGACCGAGACGCUCGAGAUCGACCCCGACUGCUGGGGACUGCUUGUUCCGUGCAGUGCUGGCCAGCCAAGCGGCAUCAUCCAGCUCAAGAAGAAGCCCGACAACGAUGCCAAGCAGGCUUCCUGGCCACGGAGCGCUGUCGAGGAGCAUAGCUUCAAGAUUGGCCGCGGCAGUUCCAAUGAUGUUAUCCUCCCCGGCCAGAAGAUUAGCAGCCAACACUGCACCUUGACAUGGUCUGGUCGCUCGGGAGACAAGCCCGGCAAGGACAAUGCCGUUGUUGUCCACGAUAACAGCUCAAACGGCACUUUUAUCAAUGGUAAACGUAUCGGCAAAACCAAAAAGUCCCUCUUGACCCCGGGCGAUGAGCUGUCGUUUGGUCUUCCAGGACAAGAUCUAGAUGAUUUAGACUACCGAUACAUAUUCCGUCGUCCAACCGAAGCGCUCACAGCUGUUGGCAAUGGUGUCUUUGUAGAAUACGAACUUGGACCUGCCCUCGGUCGGGGAGCAUUCGCGACGGUUCGCAGAGCGUUGCAUCGAGCAAGCGGACAAUGGUUUGCGUGCAAGGUGAUCACCAAGAGUCGGUUCGUCCAUAAUCCCCGGAGUCGACAGAUGUUUGAGCGCGAGGUGGCGAUUAUGAAGGAGUUUGAUCAUCCUCAUAUCUGCAAGCUAGUUGCCCACUUUGAAGACGAAUCAACCAUCUGGUUGAUCCUCGAAUUGAUUAGCGGUGGAGACUUGUUGGAGGCUGUGAUUAAUGAAAAUGGUCUUUCUGAAGAGGAGACCCGACAACUCGCGACCGAGAUGUGUCUGGCGAUGGAGUACUCUCACUCCAAGGGCGUAACGCACCGAGACUUGAAACCCGAGAACAUCCUAUUGACUGAUACGGUCCCUCGGCACGCAAAGAUUGCCGACUUUGGGCUCGCCAAGGCUGUGGACAGUGGCACAUUCCUGAAAACCUUCUAUGCCGGAUACAACGAGCUGGUGGAUAGCUGGUCCCUCGGUGUUAUCGUGUGGUCGAUGCUCACCAACACCGUGCCGUUUGUCGAAGACGAGGAAGACAUGUACACGAGGUUCCAGCGUCGGCAGGUCGACUGGUCACAGGUCUCGUCGUUUGGCCUCUCGCGUCAUUGCAUUGACUGGAUGAAGCGCAUGCUCGUGCAUGAUCCGUCCCAUCGCAUGAGUCUUGCACAGGCGCUAGAGCACCCUUGGUUGGCGCCUCUGGCAAAAAACGCUACCUACGAGCGUCCGAGUUCUCGGUUUCGCAUGACCACACCGACCGAUUCGAGUGGGUCUACAGUGGGAAACUCGAUUACGGGGAGUCUAGUCUCCUCUGACCCUCCCGGCUCAUCUCAAGCCCUCGCCCUCGAAAGAUGCAGCCAGGACAUGUCGAGCAUGAUCAUCGAUAGCGAAGAGGACGAAUCAGAGCUGGGUUCGGCUUCGUUGGUCUCUGGAGUGGUCUCGGUCGUUUCGGAGUUUGACUCGACGACGCACGCCAGCGAUACCAGCAACCUCGGCCUCGUUAGCAAAUUCAGUCAAGACUCGCAUGCUUCGUUCUUCAUCCCGGGCCGAUUCCCGCACUCUCCUGCUGGACAAGCAAGUGCCCAGCCGCAUCCGCUCCGCAAUCAGUUUCCUCCCCUAGAGCAAUACUAUACUCCCGAGAUGUUCAAUACGGGACUUCUUCAAGUUCCCAAUGCACCACAACGUUCUGGGAAAGCUCCCCAGCCUGUGCCUGACGAUUCGAUGCAAACCGAUCUUCGUGGGACGAGGUGUCCCGUGGGAUUGGAGGGGAAAGCACUAUACAUCCCCAACUCCAACAACAGCUCACUCCGAGUCAAGGCCGAGCCGAGCACGCCCAAUGGGUUCAUUGCUCAGCCUUCAAAUGGACCACCGCCCCAUCUCAAGUUCAAUGAAUCUCCACAAAACGCUCGCCAGCUAUUACAGCAAGCCCCUGCUCCCGCUCACGUCCCGCCCUACCAUCUGCGCCCGCGCCCCGGUGGAUUGUCCCCUCUGAGGCCACAGAAACCUCGCGAGCGGAUUCUGCCCGCUCACCCCGGACCUAUGCGCGAGCCGCUCCCCGUGGCACCCUCUUCUCCUGUGACAGCGACACCCGGUAGGGCGAGCGCAUCAGGCGUGAAACGUAACAGCAUCAAACUUGAAGAGUCAUUCUCUGAUAUCUCCGAAACUGGGGAAGGCGACAGCCCUCCCCCCGGCCCCACGGGAACCGCACGACCGAAGCGUAUCGUCGGGCAACCGCCCACACGCAAGUCGAGUCGGGUGCGAGCCCGUCUGGCCGGAGCUGGGCAGUCUGAGGAAUCACCUAUGACCGUCAAGAUGCCCGUCACCGGGGUUGGUGCCCGUCGUAAUAACCGACGUCAUACACCGCUCAAACCCCGGGUUCAUUAG